AUGUCGCAGCAUAGUCACCCAGAUAACUCAAUUUCAAAGCAACCACCUUCAUUUCCUCAACACUUUCAGAAGAAAAAGUUGGAUUCUCAAUUCAAGAAAUUUUUAGAUAUGUUGAAGCAGUUUCAUAUCAACAUCCCACUUGUAGAGGCACUUGAGCAAAUGCCUAACUAUGUGAAAUUCAUGAAAGAUGUUCUUACAAGGAAGAGAAUGUUAAGAGAGUUUGAAAUAGUGGCUCUAACUAAGGAGUGUAGUUCAUUUCUGCAAGACAAGUUGCCACCAAAGUUGAAGGAUCCUGGGAGUUUCACUAUUCCAUGUACAAUUAGAGACACUUAUUGUGGGAUGGCUUUAUGUGAUUUCGAUGCUAGCAUUAUUUUGAUGCCAAUGUCUGUUUUCAAGCAAUUGGGGAUUGGAGAAGUUAGGCCUACUACAGUUACUCUUCAACUUACAGAUAGAUCUCUUGCUCAUCUAGAUGGAAAGAUUGAAGAUGUGUUGGUGAGGGUAGGAAAAUUCAUAUUCCUUGCUGAUUUUAUUGUGCUAGACUAUGAGGGAAAUAGACAUGUGCCUAUUAUUAUGGGAAGGCCAUUUCUUGUAACAGGAAGAACUUUGAUAGAUGUGCAAAAAGGUGAGCUUACUAUGAGGGUCCAAGAUGAAAAGGUGACCUUUAAUGUUCUUAAGGCUAUGAAGUUUCCUAAUGAGGUUGAGGAAUGCUCAAUGGUUUCAGUGGUAGAUUAUUUGGCAUCAAAGGAGUUUAAGACUAGUAGCGUUGAUGAUCUACUAGAGAGGUUAUUGUUGUUUGACUCUCAAAAUGACGAAGAUGAGGAUGAGUACUUAGCUUGGUUGGAGGCUUAUUCUCAAGGGUUAAGAACAAGAGGCCGAUUUGAUUCAUUGGAUUUAUCAUCUAGAGAGUUCAAAGCUCCCAAACCAUCAAUUGAAGAGACACCUGAGUUAGAGUUGAAAGUCUUGCCAUCACAUUUGCGAUAUGCCUAUUUGGGUCCAUCUUCCACCUUACUUGUCAUUAUUUCAGCGAAGUUGACUCAGAAACAAGAAGGAAAGUUGCUUGAGGUGUUGAGAAAGUUCAAGAAGGCCAUUGGGUGGACUAUUGCAGACAUUUGA